AUGGGGCGAGCCAUGGGAUAUUAUGAUUCAAACAUGUCUGGCCCUUCGGAGCAGGGCCCGAUGCUCUACCUGGCGAUGCACUGGGCGUCUCGGCAGGCCGAGUGCCGUUCGUUCAGCGACCCCAACAAGUGGCACUGCGGGGUGCGGGACGGCAUUAGCUGUGGUGGAUGGAAUUGGCCUCAAGCCCUUUUUGCAGGCUGCUGCAGCCUACGUUGGAAAUUGCCAGUGGGCUUGUGUGCAGCCAUAGGCAAGGCUUGCCGGCAGGGCGGCGGCCAAGUUUGGCAUGUUGCCCUGGUGACUUGUGACCCUCGUGUACAAACGUGGUCAAACAUAUCUGUUGAUUGA